AUGGACACUGCGCAUGUACCGCAGAUUUUCGACAGCACUGCGGGAGCCAUGCCCACUGUAGCAGAGCUGGCAGACAUUCGUCAGGACCCCCUUACGGAUACAGAUGCCCGCAGUUUCAAAUGGGAGCUCAAUACCUUCCUCUUUCGCUACGACGUGGAACGGCUAGCAUUUAAUCUCGACACCAACGUAUGCACGGCCACCACUCAAGACCUUGCUGAGGUGUGGGCUGCCACACGAGACCGGUAUCAGUGGGUCUGGGGCUUCAGGUUGUCCACCUUCCCUUCUUCCCAGGAGUGUGGCUAUCUAGACAGUGAAGAUGACAUCCUGCAACUGCAACACUGGCGCGGACUCAGACGACUUAUCCUGCAGUGGUCCCUGCUGCCGGAGGAGCACAAUCACAUCAGGCUAGCGAUGGGGGGCUCUGUUACGGAUGCACGGAUGGGCAUCCUAGCCGUCAUAGUAAGAACCUUCAAAGCUACUUACCGUGGGAAUCGCGAGCCUUAUGUAUUCGAGCCUCGUCUAUAA